UUGGCCGAGUUUGAGUUGUUGAAGCUACAGGAACUCAGAGUUGGCGUUUGUUUAAAUUGCUUCUGGAGUCAUUGACCAGUACGGCCCAAUUCAAUUUGUACAUAGUUCGGGGUGUGGCAUGCCCACAUUGUAAAAAUCUCUCACUCGGAAUCUGGUUGCCUGUGAAGUCGGAAUUGUGAACAAUGCAGUGCAUGAGUGACACUGGGACAGAGAAGCCGGGCAUGGCUUUCACAAUUGAUUACCUUCUAUAUGACAAGGGCAAACGGGAGAGAACAUUUAAGAAACUACCCUCGCAUGUUGAUAUUCGGGAGGUGCCUGGCACCCAAAAUGAGAACCAGCUGCAUCAUUCAGAAGCAAAAGUAGAAGAGGGAUCUGUAAAGGGUGAAAACCCUGGAGUCGCGGGCAAACCAGCACAGUCCUACAUCGCCCUCAUCUCCAGCGCGAUCAUUUCAUGUCCAGAAAAGAAGCUGCUGCUUAGUGACAUCUACCAGUGGAUCAUGGACCAUUAUCCUUACUUCAAAAGCAAGGAUAAGAACUGGCGGAACAGUGUUCGUCAUAACCUCUCCCUGAACGAGUGCUUCGUGAAGGCUGGCCGCAGUGACAAUGGCAAGGGACACUACUGGGCCAUUCACCCUGCUAACUACCAGGACUUCUCCAAAGGCGACUAUCACCGGCGACGUACCCGCCGCAGAAUCCGCAGGGUUGCUAGCGGCUUUGGCUACCAGCUGCUGCCUCUAAACCCAUUGCCCAGACCCAGGCUCUGGGCUGAUGGCCUAGCUUGCUGGAGCUGCCUGGGCAGUAGCCAUCCUUAUGUCCCUAACAAGCUGCCCUGGAGCUGGCCAACAUUACCUGGGCCCCUGCCAGUGCCAGUGCACACCUUUCUCUAGGAUGUAGCUCACCAUACCAGUCUCUCGUUUGGCGGUGUGAAUUUAGUGUGCUGUCCAAGCCUGUCCACCAGAAUCUAGUGGGGUGGAUGGCAUCUUCUUGUCUAAUGCCAGGCCAAGCUUCCAGGAAAGCUGCUAUAUUACCGCCUCAGCUUCUUUGAAGAGGUAUUUGCUUGUCCUGCCAGAACCAUAAGGUGGAGUGAUAACUUCCUACCAUGUCUGCAAUUCAAUGGAGUUGUGGAAUUUGCUUCAGCCUAAUGCUCACUCUGCCGAGGCUUUGAA